AUGUUUAACCCCUUCAAAAACCCCACCCCAACCCGCAACGAGUUCACCACCAACUUCAACCGCUACGCCACAUUCCACCUUUCGGGAACGCCGGACUCCCCCGACUGCGUCAUCUGCACAUGCCCUUGCGGCCCAAAGCGCCCGCGGAUGCGCCUCCGCGACUGCCAGCACGACUUCUGCUCGCUUUGCUUCGAAAAGUGGCUCAAUAGCGGGCAGCGCGCCGCUGACAAGUGUGUGAUGUGCCGCAAGGUGCUUUUUGUGCCCGACGACGAGACUGACUCCUCCUCCUCCGAGGCAUAUGAUAGCGAUGACUCCUUGAAUGCAUUGAUCGACCGUAUGGUGCUAGCAUGA